AUGAAAAGCACAAAAACACUGGGUAUCUGCCCAACAAAACCGAAAGCAUCACAAACAAAAAUCGGAAAGGAAAUUCAAUUAAUUAUUAACAAAUGGGAGGAGAGCGUUUUGAAUGGUGGUGAAAUUUUAACCGGGUUGGAGCGAUUAUUAAUUGAAGAAGAUUACAUGGAAAGCCCAUACUGGGGCGUAUUUCAACACGGGCCAAAAGGUUUAGGUGAAGUACUCAAGGAGAAAGUCACAAAAAAGGUUUAUUCAGAAAUAUUAGACUCACUGGUUAAAUUACAAAAUAUUAUUUACGUAUCGUUAAAAGGUUAUCUUCAAGAAAUUAUGAAUUUAGUGGCAGGGAAUAGUUAUGAUGGAGGCAGUACCGAAGAAGAAAAAUUGUUUCAAUCUGUCAUUGACGCACUUCAAAAUGAUUUUACGAUGAAAGAGUUAAUACUUGGCGAAUGUAAAAAGAUGUCUACUUUUGAGAGAAAAGAAUAUCUCAAACAGAUGCAAGAUGCAUCAAAACACAACAAUGAAAGCCAAUCAAGCUACGCCAUGAGUAAUUCCACAAUGUCAUUCUAUGUACAGUCAUGGAAUAUAUCUCCUUAUUUAGAGAGAGCCAAAUCUAUUAUUUCUCGAUGA